UACCUAGGGCACGUGAUCCGACCUAGAGAAAGCAGGAAUCGUGCGCGGCCCCUUUAAGGUCAGACUGAGAGGGCUGUUAAAUAGAUCAGAGAGAGAGAUCAACACACACACAGCCAUCCCUGGGCUGAGACACGCACACACACAGCCAUCCCUGGGCUGAGAGACGGUGGAUCCUGAAGUCUAGUGUGCGUCGAGCGGAUAUGGAGAAAAUGUAACGUUGCCGCGGUAGCCUCCUAAUCUCCGAUAUGAAGACAAGUAAUGCAUAGUAUUGGCCUUGAUUGGACAACAAAAUAACAACAACCAACAGUGUACGGAUUGGCUCCCGGACAUCAGCGUAGCGCCGUGCAGUGAGUCGGACACCGAGCCUCUCCCAGGUGGGUUGGCAUGGCCCAGUGAUGAACGGCGCGGCAGUGCCCGGCAGCCCGGAGUUCUCCUCAUGCCCGCUGCCCGACUGGAGAGAGUUCUGCGAGCUCCAUGCCCGUGCCUCCGCCGCCGACUUUGCCCACAAGUUCCACCGCUUCCUGUCAGAGAACCCGUGCUACGACUCCCCGGGCGCCGACAGCAGCUUCUCGCAGCACUUCGCCAGACACUUCCUGGAGUGUUUCUCUGCUGCUGUCACCCAGGCCAGGGACCACCAGGCCUCGCUCUUGCCAGGGGACGACGGCUCCAACGCUCCCCCCAAAUACAGCAUUGUUCCCUUCCUGGGCAUCCAGGGCUGCCCCUUGCCCUACGGACACAACGACCUCUACCAGCGGCGCAAGGACACCGGUGCCUCCAGCGAGUCCCUGGACAGUAUGGACAGUGGAGGUUUAGGACUAGAAGGGAUAGGCAGUUCCUCCUCCAUGGCUAUGGCCACCUCCCGCACCCCCCAGCCCGCCCACAAGCCCUCUGCUCUGGGCCAGUCACGCAGCUCAGAGGACGUCUCAGUGGGACACCCCAAGGCCCGCUUCAAGAAGGGAUUCUCUCUGAGGAACAUGAGUCUGUGUGUGGUGGACGGGGUGAAGGAGAUCUGGCACCGCCGCGCCUCCCCUGAACCAGACCCUGUAGGAGGGUCCGGAGGGGUCAGACGGGCCAACGGAGGAGGGGAGCCAGGGGGGGAGAGAUGGUCCCAGAGACUGCGUCUUCCCAGGGGUUCCCAGGGGCACAAGGCUGAGCUGCUGGAGAUCCAGAGAGAGGGGGCUCUGCGUUACAUGGUAGCUGAUGAUACUAACUGUAUAGGGGUGCCUCAGUGGCAGAAGUGUAGGUUGCUGCUGAGGAAGACCAGGAGGGACGAAGGGUGUGACAAGUUCCUGUUGGAGUUCUAUGUGCCACCCAAGUCGUCAAAGCCCAAGGUGAGCAUCCCUCUGUCUGCCAUCGUGGAGGUGAGGACAACCAUGCCCCUGGAGAUGCCUGACAAAGACAACACCUUCGUCCUGAAGGUAAGGGUGGAGAAUGGAGGUGAAUAUAUCUUGGAGACCAUCGACUCGCUGCAGAAAAACUCCUGGGUCGCUGACAUCCAGGACUGCAUGGACCCUGGGGACAGUGGAGAUGACAUUGAGCUGGCCUCAUGUCCCCACGGCCAGGCGUCUAAAGAGUUCUCCAUGGUGGCCUCCUGCAGCUGUGAGCUUCUGUCAGAGGGUGUUCAUCGCACCCCUGUGAGAUCCUGUGGAUCAGCAGCAGAACUGUAUAGCGCCCCCUUUGUCCGCUACAGAGAACUACCCUUCACCCAGCAUCCUUCCCAUGUCCCCCUGGAGCGCUUCCUCCAGUCCCCAGAGGCCCAGGGGAAAAGCCCCACCACAGGGGUUCUAGGUGACGGGGCGACUGAGGCGGAGGCAGACCCCAGCCUGGCGGAGUACCCAUGGUUCCACGGGACAUUGUCGCGCGUGCGUGCUGCCCAACUGGUGCUGGCGGGCGGAGCUAGGAGCCACGGGCUGUUUGUGAUUCGCCAAAGCGAGACGCGCCCGGGAGAGUACGUCCUCACCUUUAACUUCCAGGGCAAAGCCAAGCACCUGCGUCUGUCGGUGAAUGGUAAGGGUCAGUGUCAUGUUCAUCAUCUGUGGUUCCACACCGUGUCAGAUAUGCUGAGGCACUUCCACUCCCACCCCAUCCCUCUGGAGUCAGGGGGCUGUGCUGACAUCACACUGCGUUCCUACGUACAGGUUACCCCCACAGACAGAUAUCCCGUCUCUCUCUACUGCUCUCACACAGAUGUGACCGUGCCUCAGCUCCCAACCCCACCCAGGGACCAAGGCUGCUGGACUGACCCAACCCAGCCAACCCUUCACCUCCCUGGGUUCUCGCAGCCGGCAGGGCCCCCCUCCGACACCCCGAUCUCAUCCAGCUCCUCAUCCUCGCCCAUCGCCCUUCCUUCCCACUCCCGUGGUGAGCCAGGCAGCGGAGGAGGAGGAGGAGGAGGAGGGGGAGGGGGGCUGGUUAGCAGGAGUAACAGCGCAGAACGUCUGUUAGAUCCCUCUAGUGGCGCCUCGGAGGACUACCAAGAGACAGACGGAACACGCAGGGCCAGAGCUGUGGAGAACCAGUACUCCUUCUACUGAGACUGGGCGCAACCAAACCGGGAGCUCUCAUUGGCUGAGACACAGGACAUACAGGGAUUUGGACUAAAUAGGUGAAAUGUCAUGGAUGUGUGGGUGGACAUGGAUCACUCAUUAUCUUGUUUAUUUGCUUGUUUGUGUUCCAAGAUAUGUUCUGUUUCUCCAAUCUGUGUCCAGUUAACCCCUGGCUCUGUGGCCACCCUCAUCAGCUGACAUUAACGAUAUGAAGAAACAAUGAUUUAGUCUUGAGGGUGGGAUGGAUGGAGACAGCGGAUGGGAUGGGUGGAGGAGGAGAGAUGGAUGGAUGGAUGGAGAGGGAGAGAGAUGGGAUGGAUGGAGGGAGAGAGAGAGUGAUGAGGGAGGGAUGAUGGAGAAGGAGAGCGAGAGAUGGGAAUGGAGACAGAGAGGGAUGGUAGAGAGAGACAGGGAUGGUAGAGAGAGGAAUGGAGACAGAUAGAGGGAUGAGAGAGAGAGAGAGAGGAAAUGGUCCAGUGGAGGUUUUGAUUCACUUCACCAGACCACUUCCUGUCUGCCCUACCCACAAUUCCCUAGGAACAAAGCCUCUGUCACCGCCCUGCUAAGUAACCAGAGCUGAAGCUACCCUACCUAAAUGGUUUUCCUCCCCAGGCCCUCUUGAGCAUAGCCCUAAUGUUUGUGAAGCUGCUUCUAGUCUGUCCCGGAUAUCCUCUCUGUCCCCAAGGGGACUUCCAAGUACAACACACUUCUUUUCCUAUAGCUUUGCCAAAAUGAAUGGUAACAUCAGUAUAGUAAUGGGUGUGUUAGUGUUAUUUGAGAUGUUCUUAUUGUACAGGCAAAAGGUCCUAGUGCCUGUCAGUUACACAGCACUUUGACCAUAUGAUAUGUGAAUGACGGGCCGUCUCAUUGGCAGUGACGACCUCAGGUCAGAGUGAUAAAACAUGCAGGGUUUGGGUCAUUUCGAUUCCAGUCAAUUCAGAAAGUAAACCAAAUUCCAAAUUGUCCUCUUGAAAAGCAAUAAAGAGAAUUAGAAUCUCAGUGUACUUCCUGAAUUGACUGGAACUCCAAUCCAGCUCACAUCUCCACCUACCAGAACACAGCUCCUCAUUCCCGCUCACAUCUCCACCUACCAGAACACAGCUCCUCAUUCCCGCUCACAUCUCCACCUACCAGAACACAGCUCCUCAUUCCGGCUCACAUCUCCACCUACCAGAACACAGCUCCUCAUUCCCGCUCACAUCUCCACCUACCAGAACACAGCUCCUCAUUCCAGCUCACAUCUCCACCUACCAGAACACAGCUCCUCAUUCCAGCUCACAUCUCCACCAACCAGAACACAGCUCCUCAUUCCAGCUCACAUCUCCACCUACCAGAACACAGCUCCUCAUUCCAGCUCACAUCUCCACCUACCAGAACACAGCUCCUCAUUCCCGCUCACAUCUCCACCUACCAGAACACAGCUCCUCAUUCCAGCUCACAUCUCCACCAACCAGAACACAGCUCCUCAUUCCAGUUCACAUCUCCACCUACCAGAACACAGCUCCUCAUUCCAGCUCACAUCUCCACUUACCAGAACACAGCUCAGCAUUCCAGCUCACAUCUCCACCUACCAGAACACAGCUCAGCAUUCCAGCUCACAGCUCCACCGACCAGAACACAGCUCCUCAUUCCAGCUCACAUCUCCACUUACCAGAACACAGCUCAGCAUUCCAGCUCACAUCUCCACCUACCAGAACACAGCUCAGCAUUCCCGCUCACAUCUCCACCUAUCAGAGCACAGCUCCUCAUUCCAGCUCACAUCUCCACCUAUCAGAGCACAGCUCAGCAUUCCAGCUCACAGCUCCACCUACCAGAACACAGCUCAGCAUUCCAGCUCACAUAUCAACAUGGUGCAGCCGGCAACAUUUUCACAUCGAAGGCUGCUACUGUAAUUCAGUCAAACUCAAUGCAUAAUAUUCAACAUGUUUCGUUUCCACGGCUCUAUGGACGGUUGUUGAUGGGGACAAUCCAGAAUAUACUGUAAAGGGUAUCUUACAUAUAGACACAGAGGUGCUGUACAAUGGCAAGCAGCUCCAAGACAACUGUUUGAAAGCCAUGAGAUAGUGAUAUGAUCAGCUAUAUCAGAGGAAGGUAUAGGCUACAGUAUGAAAACAACACAACCUGGGGGGGGGUUGUUCUGGCUGUCCUCUAUGGGUUUGACUGACCUCUUGUGAUGUCCAGCCCCAAGCCUGAUGUUUGGUGUGCUGCAGUUGUUUCCUAAACCUGGUCCUAUACCGCCCCUUUGUGUGAUGAUUUUCUGUCUGAGGUAUCAUAUCAUUUUCAGACUCCUGAAGACUUGACUCAUUUUUAAAAUUGGUUUGGAACGUUCUAAAGAACUGGUUGAUUAUGGAAUUAGAAUACAGGAAAACCAGCAGAAACAGGGGGACUUGACGACCGUAGUUUGGGGGACUUGACGACCGUAGUUUGGGGGACUUGACGACCGUAGUUUGGGGGACUUGACGACCGUAGUUUGGGGGACUUGACGACCGUAGUUUGGGGGACUUGACGACCGUAGUUUGGGGGACUUGACGACCGUAGUUUGGGGGACUUAGUGCUACAUACUGGCACCGCUGCAAGGUGAACUCUAGGGGCCAGGGGCCUAGGGUAAGGACCUAGAACUGUACAGUAGUCCCCAGAUGGUCACGCUAGGACAGAAUCGGCAACAGGUUAGUAUUAAAAUAGCAUUUGUAAUUAGUCCUGUCUAGCAUAGGGCGACGGUCGCUGUCACCAUAAUGGCCAUAUCAGACUGACAGGAGGAGGAAUGCAGGAGGGGAGGGGGGCAGUUCAUGGUAAAUGUGCCAAUUUAAAUCGUUUUUUUAAGAGUAUUUAUUCCUCAGCUGUUGUAAAUGACAUUUUCCUAUCAAGUCUUAUUGAUGUAAUUGUUCAUUGUUCUCAGUGGAACCAGUGAAUCACAGCAGACUUGGUCACAUAUCAGAAGCUAGUGCCGGAGUGGUUGUCCUCUUAAUUCUACUUCACAUGUAGUGUUGAUUUCUGUUGUCUGGCUGAGUUUAAGAGUCUGUGCACUUUUGUACUGAGUGAUGUACUUGACAUAACUUUAUAUUUCUGUGAAUAAAACUUGAGCAAACUGUUA